UAAACUGCUGGGUUGGGUCCACCUGGAAGCAUCAGGACUCGUUCUUCCCAGCUGUCUCCACAGCUUAAAAGCUCCAGGCUAAGGGCAGGUGCUUCAUGGUGCUUGGCAGGAGAGCAGGAUGGGUGUUGUAGGGCAGGCCAUGGCUGUGUUUGGAGCUUUGUCUUUCUUGGGGUUGCUUGGUCCCCUUGCUUUGGUUGUGGGGACUUGGAGUAGGCCUUUUGUUGACCCUGACUUGUUGUUUUGUGGCCAAGGCAGCUUGCAGCUCACGUUUCCCCCAGGCUGGGAAGGGAAUGCUUCCUUUGUGCUGACUGCUUGGGAUACUGAAGGGAGGGCACAUGCUCUGCAGAAUGAUUCUGGCUGUGGUCUCUGGGUAUCUGAAUCUCCGGAUGGCUCCAUGGUAGUGUCAGUUUCCUACACCAGCUGCUAUGUCUUUGGAUGGGAUGGCAAUUACUUUAUAAUUGUUGGGCUGGAAGGGACAGAUGCUGCUGGACAAAAGUUUCUUCAUGAAGAGAAGCUGUUUAUGUGCCCUGCAGACCUUCCUGCACUGGAUGCUCCCAGCAGUGGUGUCUGUUCUGCUGUCCACAGCCAGGACCGGCUGCCCUGUGCCUCUUUACCCAUCAGCCAGGGAGACUGUGAAGUGCGAGGCUGUUGUUACAACCCUAGGGACAAAGACAAGACUUGCUACUAUGGUAACACAGUGACAGCACACUGCACACCAGAUGGACAGUUUUCCAUUGCUGUCUCUCGAGAUGUGACCCUGCCACCUGUUAUCCUGGACUCUGUGCAUCUAGCCAGUGGGCGCAGUGCUGGCUGCAUCCCUGUAAUGAAAAACAAUGCCUUUGUUGUGUACCAGUUCCCACUCUCUGCCUGUGGCACUACUUUUCAGAUGACUGGAGGCCAUGCCAUAUAUGAGAAUGAGUUGGUGGCAUCCAGGGAUGUGAAUAUGGGGAGCCUUGGUUCUAUCACUAGGGACAGCACUUUCAGGUUACAUGUCCGCUGUAGUUAUGCCAUCACUGGGAGUUUUGUCCCCUUGAGUGUUCAGGUCUUCACACUGCCACCGCUCCCUGCUGUCUCCCAGCCUGGUCCUCUGUCCUUGGAGCUGCGUAUUGCCUCAGAUGAACGAUAUAGUUCCUACUACACUGGCACUGACUAUCCCAUUGUGAAGGCUCUAAGAGACCCUAUUUACAUAGAAGUUAGGAUCCUUCAGAGGACAGACCCUGACCUGGUUCUACUACUGCACCACUGCUGGGCCACACCAAGUAUAAAUCCUCAUCAACAGACACAGUGGCCUGUCCUGGUGAAUGGGUGCCCUUAUUCAGGAGACAACUAUCAGACACAGCUGGUACCUCUUAGUACUGCCUCAGGAUUACUGUUUCCAUCACAUUAUCAGCGCUUCACCCUCUACACGUUUACCUUUGUGGACUCUGCAUCCCAAGAGCUGCUUUCCGGGCUGGUGUACCUGCACUGCAGUGCCUCAGUGUGCCACCGGUCUGUGAAAGAGUCCUGCACCAACACUUGUCCUGUUAGAGCCAGAGGUAAAAGAAGUGCUGAGUAUACCCUUAAGGACAGUGCCUCCCAUGUUUCCAGCAAAGGCCCUGUUAUUUUCCUGCAGGAUGAGCUAAGACAAGUAGCUGAUGUGGAUGACUUCAGAGCAGCUGCAGCCCCUUGGGCUCUGGGUUUUGCUGCUGUGGCUGCUGGGGCAGUGCUGAGCAUGGUGUUGGUGGCUGCUGUGCUGUGGUGGAGAAAGUGAUCUCAUUACAGGCACCUGUUUUGCAAUAAAGUGGUUCCCAAACACA